ACGGAAACUUACCGUUGCCUGGUUACGCUUGCACGGUCACAAUAAUCUACUCUGCGGUUUUGUUGGCUGCAGGAAAGCGGUGGCUACAGGUGAAAUGCAGAACGUAAGCGAUGAAGACCAACAUGACGAAGACCACCUGAAUGCACAAGAUGGCGCUAGUGUGAAUCCAUCAGCACAGCAGUCAGAUGAUGUACCUGAUGAUUCUGAUCUUGAUCCAAAUAUGGCAGCUGAUCAGUUGAGCAUUGGCACAUCAGAAGAUGACAGGGAACCAGAACAUGACGAGGACUCACCACAAGAAGAAGACGAAAAUGAAAACUUCGUCAUCCUAGACCCUGAUCAUCCACUGAUCAAAAGAUUUCAAGAAACUAUCAACAUUUACUUCAAAAAACGUCUGGAAGCACUCCAGCUGGAUCUGAGGGGAAAGCGGCCAGUCAAAAGGGUGGAAAAUAAAACGUUAACUGACACAGGUGUAGAAUUUAAUAGAACACAGGAUAAGCAGAAAGUAGCUGAGAGCAAGCUACACGACAUUCAAGAAUUCAAGACAAAGACUGAAGCCGAACUGAAGAGUGAACAAGAUGAUCUGGAAAAGGCAAAGAGCAGCUAUUAUAACAUGAAAAAUCAGAGCCGUCAAGCCAAAGCUCUGGUGUCUGCGAGGCAGAUGGACUUAGACAAAAAGCAACAGCAGGUAAUUUUCGCUCAAGCAGCCAGUGAGGAACUACAGUCCCAAGUCAAAGUCAUGGAUUAUACCAAAUACAAAGUGGGCACACAGAAGACAAAGGCAGAAGAAGAGAAAAUAAAGCAGGACUUGUAUGUAGAUCAUCUGACAAAGGACUUGGACAGCAAGGCACAGCAGGCGGUGGAGUAUGAGGUCCAGAGAAGUGCUCAAGCCCAGGAGACAGGAGAUGUCACCAAAGCACUCUCUGAGGCUGAGAUGGAACUGGAAUCGCUGCUAAUGAUGCAUAAGAAGUUGCUGCAGCAGUGGAACAGCAACAUAACAGACAUAAAGAGACAUGAUGAGACUGUUAAUGCGAUGCAGGAAGCUGUAUGUUCGGUUGAGGAUGAGGUGGUCCUGCUGGACAGAGAGAUUGAAGGUUAUAAGAAAUCCAUCAAUGUAGAGCUGGAGAAUAAUGAGACACUGACUGUUCAGCUGAACCGGAGUUCAAUGGAUUGUGUGACUGUGGAAAAACUGAUCAAUAAGAAAAAGUUGGAACGAGAGGCGCUGCAGGCUCAGUACACUGCCUGUCUAAAUUCCCUGUCUGAGACAAAGCAAAUCUUUGCCGCACUCACAAAAGAAAUGAAUGCACAUCAAAAUGAGCUAAACAGUCAGAGGAACCAGCUAGAGAAACUGAGUGCUGCACGUGUGGAGCUGGAAGAGAAAAUUAUGGUCUACAUUCAGCAGCAGCUCACACACAGCAAGGCGGCUUCACAUUCACAAAAUCUCACAAGCAAGUUGGUCGCUCGAAAGAAGGAUAAGAUAAAUCAGCUGCAGAGGCAGGAAACAGACACCUUCUCAGUGAAGCUGGAGUGCCAGAAGGUUGAGCAGCAUGUCAACAGCCUGACCAUUUCCGUGGAGAGCCUUGAUGAGGAGAUUAAUAAGUACAACAAGUUACUGAAUUCACAUGAGAAUACAUAUGCUUCACUUGUUCGACAAAUCAGGCAGAAAGAAACAACAAUCAACACCCUAAAAAUCAGGAUUGCUAAAAUUGUGGAGAUCACUGGGCAAGAAGAUAUGCAUCCUCUGCAAAUCAAGAUCCAGAAUAUACUAGCUGAGAUUGAUGAGCUUGCUGCUCAUAUCAAGAAUGAGCAGCGCCUCUGGUUGCUGCACCAGGGAACCCUGGUGGGUCUGACCAGAGAGUUGGAUGCCAACAACAAGAAGAUGCGCAAACUGCAGAAAGACUGCACUGGACUGCAAAUGAAGGAUAUCCGACUAGAUUGUCAGACUAAGCAAGAGGAACGAGAGCUGGCAGAGCUGGACAAGGGCUCGAUGCUGCUGAGGAAAGACCUCGAGAAGCUCUGCAAGCUGAAGAUGAAGAACAAAGAGCGAAAUGAGACUCUGGAGUUGGAAAACCUAGAGAUGGAGACAGACUUCAGAAACAAACUCAAGGAUGCUGAAGAGCAAUCUGCCAGUCUUCACAUGAAACUUGAGAACAUUCAGGAGGAAAAAGAGAACAUCCUCAAGUGUCUGGUGGAGGCUAAGCAGCAGAUCAUGCUGUGGGAGAGGAAGACCCAUAUUCUAAAGGAGACUCGGUCAGUGGUGGAGUUCGACAUUAGCCAGGGAGACAUCCAGAAGAUGAACGCUGAAAUGCGUCGAAUGGAGAUACAUAUCAACAAGCUGACACAACGACAAGAGUAUUUGAUGAGAGAAAGCGAGAAAGUUGUGGCGAGAAGAGAAAACCUUGACAUACGCAAGGAUGCCAUGAUCCGAGAUCGCCGCAAAGACCUUGCAAAGAGCGAGCUGAAACGCUCCAGCGCUGGCCUGCAGAAAAAAAUUCAAAAAACAUUAAAUGAUUUUGAAAAUUGUGAAGAGAAGGUGAAGGAGCUUCAGAAGAAGAAAACUCUCCUGAGUGAGAAUAUUCAGCUGCAAGCACAACACGUAACUGAACUGUCAAGCACCAGCACAAAGACAAGCCAUAACUUUCAAAACCUCCAGGAUGACAAAGACAUGAACCAGGCUUUACUAAUUGCUAUGCAGGAUCGAAACAAGAAGCUGCAGGCCGUUUGCAAGGGGAUCUACAAACUGUCAUCCAGCAGCGACACAGUCAGAGCCACUCUGCAGAGCCAAAAGGAGCACCUGGAGAAUUGCAGCAAGGUCUUGAAGCAAAGCUGUGAGGACUUCCCUCAGCACCAGGGGGCGCUGCGCCCUGUGACACAAGCAGCAAAAGCUUAUGUAAAAAUCGCCAACCAGUAAUGUUCUUAGAGUGAGGCGGUGACUGAAACGUAACAGUGAGUACAACAAAGGCAUGUGAAUGAGCAAAUACCUAAUUUACUGGUUUAUUUGAAUGUUUUUUUUUCUUCACUGUAAUGUUUGGAUUUAAUUAUUUGUUUUGAAACAACAUGUUUCCUUAUAGACUUGGGUAGAGAAAUACAAAAAAGAAAAUAGUUUGUGAAGUUGUCAGUUUCUUCUUGGAAUCAAUAUGUAAUUUACUUUAGGAAGUAAAGUUUAGUGUAUUCACGUUUCUUCCACUUGAGUUAUUUGAUCUGUAUAUCUGUCAGUAAUAUGCUGCAGCAAAGGCGACUUGCGUUUUAUGAAAAGAUACCUUGAUUGAAUCAAAUAAUUAGGACAUUUUAAUGGCUUCUCCAGAUGUUUAUAAAUUAAUUUAAGGUUUUUCAGGACACCGUCACAUUUCAGGAUGCUUCUUAGUUAGCACUGCUGUGGCUCUUGGAAUAGUUCUGCAAACCACACUUUGAGUCUGAAUAUAUUUCCUCUAAAACCAAACAGCCACAUGACGUCCAUGAUGGGGACAUGCAGACUGGAAGUUCAAUAUUAAUACAGUGUGAAGACCUUUCAAUGAUCAAAGCCAUGCUGUGGAACUGACUUCUUCUUAAAAUGUCUCUGCAGGAGUUUCCCAAAACAAACCCCUAUGCAUGUUUGUGUCUACAGGCUAAGCCGUGAACAAACUGUCAUUAUCACUGCUAACAUGAAGCAAGGAAAAUCAUAUCAUUAAUCAAAGGGGUUUCCUCUAAUGAAACCGUUGAAUAACUAACAAAUAAUGACAGAAAUGGACUGUGCCUUGUCACUGAUCACAUUAUUUCACACAUUUCCCCUAUAAAGGCUGUUAUGUUGAGUUUUCUGCUGAUAGUGAUGAGAACUACAACGUAAGCUUAAAUGUACAAAUACAUUGAUUAUUUUUGUGUGUUUGAAGAAGUUGCUACUUUUCCUACUGGAGAAACACUGAUAAUGUAGCAGCUCCAAUACUGUGCACCACGGAAACUGUAAUUAUUGUCUAAACGUAUUAAUUGUUAGUAAGACUGUGAAUAAAGUUAAUAAUUUUUCAAGGCACCUUCUGGAAAACAGGAACGAUUAAAGUGAUAUUACCAGUCUUA